AAAGCUAUUCUUUUAUACCAUAGUCACUCAAAAUUUCCUCUUCAUUCAUUGCCAGGAAGCUUCUUUUUGGUCCAUCCCCCAAAAACUAUGGAAAACAACACGAAAUUCACGUACGAGGACCUGUUGCCGGUGAUGGCUGACAAGCUGGAUGUAGAGGCCUUUGUGGGUGAAUUAUGCAAGGGGUUCAAGCUCCUGGCAGACCCAGAAAGGAGGCUGAUAACCGCCGAGUCUCUGAGGAGAAACUCGGCUCUUCUGGGGAUGGAGGGGAUGAGCAAAGAUGACGCGGAGGCGAUGGUCAAAGAAGGCGAUCUCGACGGCGACGGCGUGCUUAACGAGACCGAAUUCUGCAUCCUGAUGGUCAGACUCAGCCCUGGGAUGAUGGAAGAUGCUGAGGCAUGGCUGGAGAAGGCGCUUGACCAAGAGCACAAGAAAUCAUCAUCUUCAACUUGAUCAUUAACGUCCUAAAUUGUUGUUUUUGUAUUAAUUCUAUGUUUACCCAUUUGUUAAGAUUGCUGCAGCAUGCUGUAGUUUUUCAUCAACAUGCAUGAGAGAUCAUCAUGCAAUAUGAAUGGGAAUUAUAAAUGGUAUGUCUUGUUAAUGUUUGGAUCAAUUAAUAUUGGAUUAAUUAUUUGGUUCAUCA